CUUACAAAUCCUUGAUGCGAACGUAACACCAACAUAAACGCUACAACUGACAGCUACAGUAGUGCUGCGUCAUCUCACAUGCCACAUGCGGCUCCAGCAAGACCAACAACCCCUAUCUUAUCAGAUUGAUCUUCAAGUGGGGUUGACAGAUGCCAGUCCUUACAGUAUUGUUCACGAUUGGCUCGAUGGUCACUUACGGAGUAGAGCUUCGGAAACGAACAUUGCACUGAACUCCGUAGCCGUAGAUAUGUGUAUGCGCGUCAGGAGUCAGUCAGUCUGGAAAUGACUUAAUCGGAGGAAUAGGUUUAGAGCUUACGGACGAAUUUGACAGUUCUGGAGAUAGUGCAUCAUCUCAUACCAUUGGGGGAAUGCGUAUAAAGAGCUAUGAGUUAGUCCUCUUCCUAAUCUCAUCCUUUUUUUUUUUUUUUUGACCAAGUACAGAACUUAGUUCAAGAGACAGAAAUUGUAUUUCUAUAUAAUAUCACACAUAUCACCAACUUCAGCUCAUCCAAACUCUCCCCUGCCAAUAACAAUGUCAGCACACAUCUUCCCCUCCGAAACCUACGCCAAAUUCAACGCCGUGGACGCCUGGAUUUCCUCAUCACUCAUCAAGCCCGACCCAGCACUAACCUCCACCCUCCAAACAAACGCCUCAUCCAACCUCGCCGCCAUAGACGUAAACCCCAAUGAAGGCAAAUUCCUCCAUCUCCUUGCCCGCAUCAACAAAUCCAAACACAUCCUCGAGAUCGGAACUCUAGGCGGCUACUCCGCCCUCUGGUUCGCUAAAGCUGUUGGCCCAGAAGGGAAAGUCAUCUCUCUGGAAGUCGACCAGCGCCAUGCAGACAUAGCACGUGGCAACAUCUCCCGCGCUGGCUUCUCCGAUAUCGUGGAAGUUAAAGUCGGGCCAGCGCUGAAUACUCUCGCUAAAAUGGAAGAGGAGGGCACGGAGCCGUUUGAUCUGGUGUUUAUUGAUGCGGAUAAGGAGAACAAUCCGGGGUACUUUGAAUAUGCGCUUAAGUUCUCGAGGGUGGGGACUGUGAUUGUGGUGGAUAAUGUGGUGAGGCAGGGGAGGGUGUUGAGGGUUGAGGGGGAGAGUGUGGAGGAGGGGCAGGAGAGGUCGAGGAGGGGGGUUUGGGAGGUUUUUGAGAGGAUUGGGGGGGAGAGGAGGGUGGAGGCGACGGCGCUGCAGACGGUUGGGCCGAAGGGGUGGGAUGGGUUUGCUGUUGCGUUGGUUGUUGAGUGAGGUGUUUGGGGAGUUCGAGGAAGGAAACUGAAGUGGAGGGGAAAUAAUUGAGUAUUCAAGAGUUUGAUGUGAAUAAGUCAUAUCACUUGAAUGGGCCGUUACUAGAAUGAGAAUGUGUGGACUAUCUUCACAUAGGGUUGAGAGGGCAGUUUCUUUCUUCUUUCUGGUACGGGAAGUUGGCAUCACAGAGUCAACAUCCGAAUUCCGUCAAUAUCAAUAACUACUGAUAUUUCUCAAUCAACGGCUUUCUUUGAACAUACAAUAUCAGAGCAUAUGUAAAUAAACCCCAUCUUCAGAUAUCAACAAACAUGAUGAUUGGUGGUCAGGAAUCAGAGAUUGGAAGAAAUUCGUGCAUGAGCCCCCUCUAUCCAAAAAGCAGUCAACUUUGGUAAGAAUUAUAUAUUGAACAUGGGUGUUUCUCGCAUUUGUUUUAG